GGAGGGAGUCGAGGCCAGGGCAGAGGGCGAGGGCGGAGGGCGCUGGCGGCGGAGGCCGCGGAAGUGAUGAACGUGGGAUGUCUGCCAUGCUAAGGGGUCCCUGGAAGAGGGGACUUAAACCAUGAUGAGGAGUUGCUUUUAGGGAGUGCUGUGACCUCAUCCCAGGGGCAGAGUGAUGAGCAGCAGCUGCUCAGGGCUGAGCAGGGUCCUGGUGGCCGUGGCUACAGCCCUGGUGUCUGCCUCCUCCUGCCCCCAGGCCUGGGGCCCCCCAGGGGUCCAGUAUGGGCAGCCUGGAAGGUCCAUGACCCUGUGUUGCCCUGGUGUGACUGCUGGGGCCCCAGUGUCCUGGUUUCGGGACGGGGAGACAAGGCUGCUCCAGGGACCCGACUCUGGGCUAGGGCAUGAACUGGUCCUAGCCCUGGCAGAUAGCACUGACGAGGGUACCUACAUCUGCCGGACCCUGGAUGGUGCACUUGGGGGCAUGGUGACCCUGCAGCUGGGCUACCCCCCAGCCCGCCCUAUUGUCUCCUGCCGAGCAGCUGACUAUGAGAACUUCUCCUGCACAUGGAGUCCCAGCCAGGUCAGCGGUUUACCCACCCGCUACCUCACCUCCUACAGGAAGAAGACAGUGCCAGGAGCUGAUGGCCAGAGGGUGAGUCCAUCCACAGGGCCCUGGCCAUGCCCACAGGAUCCCCCAGGGGCUACCCGCUGUGUGGUCCACGGGGCAGAGUUCUGGAGCCAGUACCGGAUCAAUGUGACUGAGGUGAACCCCCUGGGGGCCAGCACACGCCUGCUGGAUGUGAGCUUGCAGAGCAUCUUGCGUCCUGACCCACCCCAGGGACUUCGGGUAGAAUCAGUACCUGGCUACCCCCGCCGCCUGCGUGCCAGCUGGAUGUACCCUGCCUCCUGGCCCCGCCAGCCCCACUUCCUGCUCAAGUUCCGGCUGCAGUACCGUCCAGUGCAGCAUCCUGCCUGGUCCAUGGUGGAGCCAGCUGGCUUAGAGGAGAUGAUCACAGAUGCUGUGGCCGGGUUGCCCCAUGCUGUGCGAGUCAGUGCCCGGGAUUUUCUGGACGCUGGCACCUGGAGCGCCUGGAGCCCAGAGGCCUGGGGGACUCCAAGCACUGGGCCCCUACCAAAGGAGAUACCAGCUGGGGGUAAGCCGUACACACAGCCAGAGGAGAACCCUCAGGCAGACAGCCCUGCUCCCCCAAGACCCUCCCUCCUGCCAGACCCGAGGCCACUUGACCACAGGGACCCCCUGGAACAGAUGGCUGUUCUGGCAUCUUUGGGAAUCUUCUCUUUCCUGGGAUUGGUGGCUGGGGCCCUGGCACUGGGGCUCUGGCUCAGACUGAAACCGGAUGGGAAGGAUGGACCCCAAAAGCCUGGAUUCUUGGCCCCAAUGAUUCCAGUUGACAAGCUUCCAGGGAAGACCAAGAAAUCAGUAUUCUGAAGAGAGGAGCGGUGCUGUUCAGGAGGCCAUGGAGGACAGAUGGAGAUGGACAAAUGGUUAGAAUCUUUGGAAGCAGCAAGUGUAUGGGUUGCAGGAGCCCUUCUGCUUGUGUGGAGACUGUGAGACUGUGAGGCUGGGUAGGGGAGAAUGAGAAGAGUGAUGGUGCGGGUGAGGGAGUCUGGGGUGGUCCUGAGAGAGAGAGAGAGAGAGAGAGAGAGAGAGAGAGAGAGAGAGAGAGAGAGAGAGUGUGUGUGUGUGUGUGUGUGUCUGUAGCUAUCUCCUGUUUAUGGUCCCCUGAAGCUUUCAUUUUUUAUGUACAAAAAUUUCUUCCUUUCUGUUGUGUAAUAAAGAAUUUGACUGGCCUUUGUCCCUGGUUUUGGAGAGGGAGACUCUAAAUCUUUGGAAUGUCCAAAGUAAUAGGAGUGUCUUUGUUACUUCUGAGCCUCCUGGAUCAUACCUGAGUUUAUGCUAAGAGAUGAGAUGAUUU